AUGGACAAAGUGCAGUCUGAACUAGCAGGCACGGAGCACCAAGAGAUUGACAGCCCCGCGGACCUCGACACUGAGCCGUAUGGGCCACCAGGUUUCCGCGGCAUCGCCGCAUCUCGCUAUGUCGCCUUGUGUGCCUCCUUCAGUGCCAUUGGUGGCCUCCUUUUCGGCUACGAUCAGGGCGUCAUUUCCGUCAUCCUCGUGAUGCCCGAGUUUCUCGGCCGAUUCGAGCAAGUUUCCGACACAGCAUCUGGCGCUGGAUUUUACAAGGGUCUUAUGACUGCGAUGAUUACCCUUGGCGCUUUCAUCGGUGCUCUGAAUCAGGGUUGGGUAGCCGACGCUUACUCUCGAAAGUAUUCGAUUAUGAUUGCCGUCGUCAUAUUUACGAUCGGAUCAGCACUACAGACUGCAGCAGUUGACUAUGCUAUGCUUGUCAUUGCUCGGCUAAUAGGUGGAAUCGGCAUCGGCAUGCUGAGCAUGGUAGUGCCUCUAUACAUCUCCGAGAUCUCGCCUCCGGAAAUCCGCGGCACUCUUCUCGUACUGGAAGAGCUGAGCAUCGUCUUCGGCAUUGUCGUCUCCUUCUGGAUCACGUACGGAACUCAGUACAUAAACUCUGACUGGUCCUGGCAACUACCUUUCCUCCUUCAGAUGGUCCCGGGCCUGUUUCUUGGAUUUGGUGCAAUCUUCCUCCCCUUUUCGCCUCGCUGGCUCGCCUCCAAAGGCCGCGAACAGGAUGCGCUCCACAACCUGGCUAGACUCAGGUGCCUGCCGCCAUCAGACUCAAAGGUUCAACGGGAAUGGCUAGAGAUCAUCACGGAAUCCAAAUUUCAACAGGGGAUCUUGGCAGAGCGUCAUCCGACGCUUGUCAAUGGCGGCACCGUGGAAAAGUUGAAGCUCGAGGUGGUGGCGUGGGGCGACUGCUUCAAGAAAGGCUGCUGGCGUCGAACCCAUGUUGGUGCGGGCCUCAUGUUCUUCCAGCAGUUUGUCGGUAUCAAUGCCCUCAUUUACUACAGCCCGACUCUCUUUGGCACCAUGGGCCUUGAUCACAACAUGCAGCUUAUCAUGUCAGGCGUACUGAACGUGACACAGCUCAUCGGUGUAUUGACUAGCCUUUGGACACUGGACAGCUUUGGCCGGCGCAAAAUAUUGAUGUAUGGAAGCGUUGGCAUGUUUAUCUCCCACUUUAUCAUCGCUAUCUUGGUUGGCCUCUACUCGCACAACUGGCCUGCCAAUACAGACAAGGGGUGGACGAGCGUUGCGUUCCUGCUGUUCUACAUGCUUGCCUUUGGUGCAAGCUGGGGACCCGUCCCCUGGGCCAUGCCAUCUGAAAUCUUCCCUUCGUCACUGCGGGCCAAGGGUGUCUCGAUCUCUACAUGUUCCAACUGGAUCAACAACUUCAUUGUUGGCUUAAUCACCCCGCCUUUGGUUCAGAACACCGGGUUCGGUGCCUACGUCUUCUUCGCGGUCUUUUGCUUCCUGUCGUUUGCAUGGACAUUCUACUUCGUGCCCGAGACAAAUGGAAAGAGCUUGGAGGAGAUGGACGAGGUGUUCAAGGAUCACAGCAGCGUUGAGGAGUUGGAGAAGAAGAAGAGGCUUCUGGCUGAGACUGUGCGCGAGCGGGCUGCUCAAAACACAUUUGCAUGA